CGCCAUAAGGCCAAAUAGCGAGGUCGCAGGAGGACUCUGUCUCGCGGACGGGCUUUAGGACCGCUGGGCGUGUGUGACUCCGCCGUAAGCCCCGUCUCUGCUGGUGCAGCUCGUUGUUCAGAGAGUCGUUUCGCCGAACAUGUGGUGUGGCAGUGGCGUCACUACACUUGCCGCAGUCACAAACAAAACCGACUGAGACCGAGACACCGCUUUCUGGCGAGCGCAAGGAAGUGUGACACGCGAGUAACAGGUCAAGAGCGAUGAAAACCGAGGGAAUUGAGGGCACCGAAAGGUUUCUGAGCCCCGGUAAAGGCCGGGGACUCAAAGCCACAAAGCAUUUCAAAGUUGGUGAUCUAGUGUUCGCCUGUCCGGCGUAUACUUACGUGCUGACAGUGAACGAGAGAGGCGGACACUGCGAAUGCUGCUUUACCAGGAGAGAAGGGCUGUCGAAGUGUGGAAAAUGUAAACAGGCCUAUUAUUGCAACGUAGAGUGUCAGAGAGAAGACUGGCCCAUGCACAAGCUGGAGUGCUCGGCCAUGUGCGCAUAUGGAGAAAACUGGUGUCCAUCAGAAACAGUGCGACUGGUCGCCAGAAUAAUUCUGAAACAGAAGUGCCAAACAGAAAGGACUCCUUCAGAAAGAGUGUUGACUCUUAGAGAAUUAGAAGCACAUCUGGACAAGCUAGAUAAUGAGAAGAAUGAGAUGAACGAUACAGAUAUUGCUGCACUACACCACUUUUACUCCCGACAUCUCGAUUUUCCUGAUAAUGCAGCACUUACAGAACUCUUCGCUCAGGUGAACUGUAAUGGCUUCACCAUUGAAGACGAGGAGCUGUCUCAUUUGGGUUCUGCUGUAUUUCCAGACGUUGCUCUGAUGAACCACAGCUGUAGCCCAAAUGUGAUUGUGACAUAUAAAGGUACAGUGGCCGAGGUGAGAGCCGUGCAGGACAUCAGCCCUGAAGAAGAGAUCUUCAACAGUUAUAUUGACCUCCUGUAUCCAACAGAGGAUCGAAUUGAACGUUUGAGAGAUUCUUACUUCUUCACAUGUGACUGUAAAGAAUGCACCUCUAAAUCAAAAGACAAAGCCAAAAUGGAGAUCCGACAGAAGCUUAGCUCACCUCCAGAGGAAGAGGAAAUCCAGCAGAUGGUGAUGUAUGCUAGAAAUGUCAUCGAGGAGUUCAGGAGAGCGAAGCACUACAAAACCCCCAGUGAACUGCUGGAAAUUUGUGAACUAAGCCUGGAGAAAAUGGGUUCGAUCUUUGCUGAAACCAAUGUGUACAUGUUGCACAUGAUGUAUCAGGCAAUGGGAGUCUGUCUCUAUAUGCAGGACUGGGAUGGAGCAAUGAAAUAUGGCGAGAAAAUUACCCAGCCCUACAGUGUGCACUAUCCUCCUUACUCACUGAAUGUGGCUUCUAUGUACCUGAAACUUGGAAGAUUGUACCUAGGACUUGAGAAGAGGACACAAGGAGUUAAAGCUUUAAAGAAGGCUCUUGCAAUCAUGGAUGUUGCCCACGGUAAAGACCACCCAUACAUCGCAGAGAUUAAGAAGGAAAUGGAAGAGCAGAAAUAAUGGGAACACAUGGAGGAAUAUGCAUCAAACGCUGGCAUGUGUCUUAUACCUCUCCUUGGAAUAUUAAAACAAACUGAUGUCAAAAUUGUCUGUUCAUCUGAGAUGUCAUUUAAAUGAAUUUUUGGUUUGUAAAUAGAUGGCCUGAGUCUGAAAUAUUUUGUUGCUUGUAAUGUCUGCACUUUGAACAAAUGUGCUGCACUGUUUUCUGUAAAGAAGGGCUAAGAAUUAAGAAUCAUAUCAAUAUAUGUCAGGUUUUUUAACCAAUAUUUUGCCCUCUCAUGUAGCAACAAUAUUCUUGUUUUCAAUAGCUAAUGAAUGUAAAUCAUUUAUAUAUUCUCAAUGAUGCGAAGGACUCUGAUCACUGAUUCUAUUUUACUUGUCUGUUUGCAUGAAUAUUGUUUUGCGCUGAUCAGUGUUAAGAUAUUGGACUUCCAAUCCGUCAGUGCAUUUCAUAGUGAUACUUUCAUCAUUGCUAAUUUGUUUGUUAAACAUUUAUUUGUUUAGUAUUGUGCAGCUUUGACAGGUAGCAUGGGGGGGGGGGUUAAAAAAAAUAUGCAGACUGCCACAUGCAAAAUUUUAAUGUGACACUAAAGUAAUAAAUUCCUUAAGACAAAUCCAA